AUGUCAUGGUCAGACAUGUCAGAUAGAGGUCUCCCUCUGGAGAACCUGGAGUGUAAAAAGCAUCCCAGAGUUCCAUUAUCCCAGUUCUGUGUCCCGUGUGUGGUUACCUUGUGUGAGAAAUGUACCAUGACCUCUAGGGAUCAUGAAGGACAUGAUGUUAGAGAUGUAGAGAAAAUGUUUAGAGAAAUUCACAAGAGAAAAGAUGGAGAUGCAGUUUUGAUGUGCCUUUUUCUCUGCCCUUCAUACAAAAUAAAUCUGGAAGAACAACACUGGAUAAGGAAGUAUAAUGCUGUUGCUGAAGUUUUCAAUAUCAAGACGAUUAAGAAGCCAUCCAAUCUUGGCAACUUAAAGUACAAACCAAUACUCAAAGAGGAUGGUUCUGUACUCACAUUUUCUUGUGAAUUUUUCAAAAACUCCAGUUUUCUUAGAUUUGCUAAAAAUCCAGAUUUUGUGGAUAUUUUUCUGACUUUGGCACAAAAAGACAACAUCGCUGAAUACUGCAGGUCAUGGGUUUAUCCAAAGAAAGAGGAGGAAGUCUUUUGCUGGUUAUCACCACAACAAACAAAUCAAUUGAUUGAAAAACUUGGAGAGGACAUUUUCAAACACCCAACAUGGCAGGACACAUCAAUACAUGAUGAUGUAUUUAAUAACCUUGGUGUACCAAUGCAGAUUUUAAUGAGAGGGGAGGAGUCAGCCAAGAAUUUCAUUGAAAAUCUUAAAAAAGGGGAGACGACUAUGUACCAUGCCUCUGGGAUGAUUAUUGGGUGUGCGGGUAGUGGGAAGACAACCCUGCUAGAAAGAUUGAAAGGCACCAACCUGGAAGAAAUUCUGAGAAAUUUAACAUCGACCAGAGGCGUUGACGUGCACUCUGACAUUUUUGAUGUAACAGAAAACACAAUCAGAGUAAGCUCAUAUAACCAAAAACAACGCUUUAAGGUUAAAAUUGAUGAUACAAGUCUAUAUGCUAAGAACAUUCCAGAAAAUCCCAUCUUAUCUGGUGACCUGGAAAAACUGUCUAUUAAACAGCCACUAGGGGAUCAGAGAGAUACUACCGGUAAAGCCGUUGAUAAAGAAUCGGUUAGUUAUAGAGCAGUUUCACACGAGAACUUGAAUAUAGAAACUGACUCACUUAAAGGAAAUGAAGCUGCUGCGUUUGUAGAAAAAGAAGAGGGAAUGGUUGAAGAAAGUCAAAAUGUUCUGAAGAACUCAGACGUUUUAGGAUUUUUACGAUUUUCCAAAGAUGUUUCAGAUGAGCCAGAAAAAAGAAUCACCAUGGUCGACUUUGCAGGGCAGUGUGCAUAUUAUGCCCCACACCAGAUUUUUCUGAGUCCAAGGGCAUUCUUUAUUCUUGUUCUCAAUAUGGAGAAAGAGUUUGAUGAUCAGGUCGGAGAAGAAGUAUGUUGCCAAAAAGGCUCUAUUUAUGAACGAUGGACACACAGAGAUUAUCUUGAAUUCUGGAUGAAAUCCAUUCACCAGUACAGCACCAAUAAGGCCCCAGUUCUCCUCAUUGGUACACAUAGUGAGGGAAAAACAGAAGAGGAGAUAAUGACUUUUUUCCAUGAAAUAUGGGAAACUCUUGAAAUGAAAGACAAGACUUUGCACAAACAUCUACAUGAGGAUAGACAGUUUGCAGUUGGAUUCCAUGACAAUGAAAGCAUUGAGAAUAUUAAGCUGUCAGUAGUUGAUGUUGUGCAAAAUCUACAUCACUGGGGAGAAAAACUUCCACGAUCAUGGGUUAUGUUUGAAAAAUUCUUCCAGGAAAAGAAAUCCCAGAGGAUAAUGAAAAAAGAAAUGCUGCUAGCUUUCAAUGAUGCAUUACCACAGGGAAUAAAGCUCCAAACAGUUGACAUCAAUUUUAUGCUGCAGUUUUUCCAUGACAUCAGAGAAAUUUUAUACUUCAACCAAGAACUACUCAAUGAAGUAAUUAUUCUUGAUGUGCAGUGGUUUGCAAAUUUAUUUAAAAAUGUAAUAACAGAUAAAAACCAUGCAGAGAAGGAUUUAUGUAGGUUUGCAUCAGACUGGAAAAAAUUUGAUAAAACUGGAGUAUUGAAUGACACUUUACUAUCAGCUAUUUGGGAAAUGAAGAGAAAUGCCGACAUUGAACACAAAGCAGAUGUCAUGCUAUACAUGGAGAAGCUAGGAUUAUUAGCGAAAUUGGAUGACAAAAAAUGGUAUGUUCCCUGUAUGAACAAAAUGCCAUUUCCUGCAAAUCUCUUUACUUCAUACCCUGCCUCUUCUAUCCUCUGCUACGAGUUUGAUGUUCUUCCUGCUGGAAUUUUCCAUCGCCUUAUAGCUACAUGCAUGCAAAUUCCUUGGGAAAUUGUAACAGAGAGAGACAGACUAUGUAUAUACCAGACAGCAGCUGUAUUCUUGUUUAAGGAUCAUAACAUAUUGCUUGGAAUGACUCCAAGAGAAAUUCAGCUACAGGUGUUUGUUAUUGAAGGCAAAGUUGAGAUAUCAAAAUGCCAAGAAGUAAAGAAAAAAAUUGACUUUUUACUAUAUGUUCUUUCAAGAACGUUCCAAACUGACUUUAAAUUUACGCUUGGCUUUAAAUGCAAAGAUACGGGAUUUUGUGAUAACCAAGGAAGUUCUGUGAUGAACGAAUCAAAAUUUUCAAAACCAACCUUUCAGUGUCCUUUAUGUCCAAUAGAGAAAAAGCACAUCAUCAACUCGAAGGAUAUCAUGAAAUAUUGGAUACAGGUACAUGACAAUGAAGCUGAGCCUUCUGAAGAUAAAGGUACAGAUAAAGGUUCACCGUCAGGGAGUUCUGGAACCAGUGAGUCACAUGCCAAAGAUAAUUUUGCAAAGAUUCUGAAGUUAUUGCAAGUUGGAACUGAUGCAGUUAGAAUCUGCUUUGAUAAAUUCUUCCCCAAAGAGAAUCUAGAAAAGACUCUGAAAGAUAAUGAAACAGACAUGAGAAGAGGACAGUACCUAUUCAAGCCACCUCAAUUAGAGAUUCUUUUCCCUCCUCGAGGUGGAUCCAACACUUGUGUAUCAUCUCUAUCUAUGGACAUAACCAUCAUGUAUAAAUUAUUGAGGAAUUACUCUGACAUUUCUCCUCCUGGGAGUGGAUGGGGAAAGGAACCCAAAAUAGUUCACAUCGCAGAGAGUGAUGACUUGGAAAGAAUCCGUUUGUAUAGAAAUAAAUACUUCCACCCUGGAAGUAAUCUCGUAAUAAAUGAUGAUGUUUUCAACAUAAUCUGGGUGGACCUUUCUAAGGCCAUACUCAGACUUAGUGCUGGCGUUUUGAAGAGAAGAAUAAGUGAAAUAUAACUGACUGGAUAUAGGAAUUUGAUAAAAAAUAAGCUUGAUUACAGCGAACAUUUUUAGAGAAAAGACUUGAAGGAAGGGAUAUCCUCAUGAUGACUAUGCGAUUUAUUGUAGCCGCGAUUCCAAUGAGACAGACUGGGUAUUCAGUAUCCGAUGAAAUCUGACAUCGUAUUGUUUUGUUUUACCCGCUAUGAAUAUAAAUUCGAAUUUCUUUAAAAGCAGUAUAAUAUAUUUAGGUUUGAUGUAACUAACUGUAUUUUGGCUAGUUGAAGAAUUUUCAUUUAUUUUAAUCGAUAAGCGAUGGAAAUAUUAGAUGCAUCU